AUGGCCGCCCCCCCCCCGCGCUCCGUGCUCGUUACCGGCUGCUCCUCGGGCAUCGGCCUGGCCCUGGCCGCGCGCCUGGCGCGAGACCCGCACGGGCGAUUCCAAGUCAUUGCCACCAUGCGGGAUCUCGGGAAGCGCCAGAGGCUGGAGGAGGCUGCGGGAUCAGCCCUGGGAAGGACACUCAGCAUCCAGCGCCUGGACGUGAGCAGCGACAGCUCCGUGGCCGAGUGCAUGGCCAGCAUCCCGGGGGGGCACGUGGACGUGCUGGUGAACAACGCCGGCGUGGGUCACGUGGGCCCGCUGGAGAGCACGAGCCUGGAGCAGAUGAAACACGUGUUCGAGACCAACUUCUUCGGCGCAGUGCGCAUGAUCCGCGCGGUGCUGCCUGGGAUGAAGCGGAGGAGGCGGGGCCACAUCCUGGUGCUCAGCAGCGUCAUGGGGCUGCAGGGGAUUGUGUUCAAUGACGUCUAUGCCGCCUCCAAGUUCGCGGUGGAGGGAUUCUGUGAGAGCCUGGCUGUGCAGCUGCUGCAGUUCAACGUGCAUGUAUCCCUGGUGGAGCCGGGCCCGGUGUGCACGGACUUCGAGCUGAAGCUGCUGGAGGAGGUUUCCCGUUCCGAGUAUCCCGGUACGGAUGAGGUCACCUUGGGAUACUUCAAGGACGUUUACAUCCCAGCUUCCCGAGAGAUCUUCCGCACCCUGGGACAGAGCCCUGGAGACGUGGCCGAGGCCAUCGUCUCGGUGCUCUGCUCGCCCCGCCCCCCGCUGCGCGCGCAGACCAACGCGCUGUACACGCCGGUGCUGGCGCUCAAGUACGCGGACCCCACGGGGGAGCUGUCGGUGCGCGGCCUGCACCGGAUGCUCUUCCGGCACAGCGCCCUCUUGCGGGGCAGCGCCGCGGUCCUCCGGUGCCUCACCUGCGGCUGUCUGCGCACGCGCGUGCGGCCACUCUGA